UGUAGUCUUGUUUUCCGGUCGGACAUAUUUUCAUUCCGUACCCGAUGUGUUUUUCCGCUACAUUUCCAACUGUGCGCGCGUUCGGCGGGUUCCGUUAAAAUGGCGAGCCGAUGGAGGAGUGCAUAGUGACAGAGACAAGACUGCUUUUUUCUUUUACACCAACAGGAGGGAAAUAUCUGCACAAUGGCGGCUUUGGAUCAGAAAUCGCCCAACGUGCUUUUGCAGAGUCUUUGCUGCAGGAUCACGGGGAAGAGUGAAGCUGAUGUCGCGCAUCAGUUUCAGUACGCUGUACGGGUCAUCGGGAGUAAUUACGCCCCAACCAUCGAGCGCGACGAGUUCCUGGUGUCCGAAAAGAUAAAAAAAGAACUGUUAAAGCAGAGGCGAGAGGCGGACGCAGCUCUUUUUUCAGAGCUCCACAGAAAACUCCAAACUCAGGGGGUGCUGAAACACAGAUGGUCCAUCUUAUACCUCCUCCUCAGCCUUUGUGAGGAUCCCAGGAAACCGUCCACCCGGGUGGGCAGUUAUGGUUCGCUGUUUGCUCAGGCUUUGCCACGCGAUGCCCACUCCACACCUUUCUACUACACCCGGCCACAGAGCCUGUCUCUCAGCUACCCCGAGCGCUCAGCACUGGCUGCCCACAACGCCUCCAGCAUGGGCACCAGCGGCAUCAGCAGCCUGGGCAUGUACUCACUGAACGGCCCCGGCCCCGGCCCUCAGGCCCUGCUGACCGGCCCCCAAGCUGUAGCCGAUCCUGCACGUGGCCCUCGUCUCUGGGCGCUCCCAAUCACUGGGACCGUGCCACUGAGCUCCCGACCCACAACAGGCCCCGCCCCUGGCCCCACCUCCAGUCCUGCCCCCAGACCCCCUCACAGACAGAGACGGGACGGCGACACCAGUGCUGAAAUCAGUGAGGCCGCCCUGGUGCGAGACAUCCUUUACGUCUUCCAGGGAAUUGAUGGCAAAUUCAUUAAGAUGUGCACUCCAGAGAACUGCUACAAAAUCGAUUCAAAGGUUCCCAUGUGUAAGUCUUUGCGAGACACCAGUAGCCGGCUAGCGGAGCUCGGCUGGCUUCAUAACAAAGUCCGGAAGUACACAGACUCUCGAAGUUUGGAUCGAGCCUUCGGAUUGGUCGGGCAGAGUUUCUGUGCAUCUUUACACCAGGAGCUGAAGGAGUAUUACAGGCUACUGUCAGUACUGCAUUCACAGCUGCAGUUAGAGGAUGACCAGGGAGUAAAUGUUGGAUUGGAGAGCACCCUGACUCUAAGAAGACUCCUCGUGUGGACGUAUGACCCUAAAAUUCGCCUCAAGACCCUCGCCGCACUUGUCGACUACUGCCAAGGGCGUAAGGGAGGGGAGCUCGCCUCCGCCGUGCACGCCUACGGUAAGACCGGAGACCCUCAUAUGAGAGCGCUAGUCCAGCACAUCCUCGGCCUGGUGUCACACCCCAUCCUCAACUUCCUGUACCGCUGGAUCUACGACGGAGAGCUCGAGGACACGUACCAUGAGUUUUUUGUAGCAUCUGAUCCAACAGUAAAGACAGACAGAUUGUGGCACGAUAAAUACUCUCUGAGGAAGUCGAUGAUUCCUUCCUUCAUAACCAUGGAUCAGGCCAGGAAGGUCCUGCUCAUCGGCAAAUCCAUUAACUUCCUGCAUCAGGUGUGCCACGACAGGACGCCGCCCGGCAAAAUCCCGCCUGCCUCCAAAUCUGCCGACUCACCCAAAGACGCGGCCGAGCUGUUCACGGAUCUGGAGGGGGCGUUCCAGAGUAAGAUCGACGCUGCCUACUUCGAGACCAGUAAGUACCUGCUGGACGUGCUGAAUAAGAACUACCAACUGCUCGAGCACCUGCAGGCCAUGAGGAGAUACCUGCUGCUGGGCCAGGGAGACUUCAUCAGACAUCUGAUGGACCUGCUCAAGCCGGAGCUGGCCCGCGCCGCCACCACGCUGUACCAGCACAACCUGACGGGAAUACUGGAGACGGCGGUCCGAGCGACUAACGCGCAGUUCGACAGUCCUGACAUCCUGAAGAGGCUGGACGUCCGGCUACUGGAGGUGUCUCCAGGUGACACGGGUUGGGAUGUUUUCAGCCUGGACUAUCACGUUGAUGGACCUAUCGCCACGGUGUUCACUCGCGAGUGUAUGAGCCACUACCUGCGGGUGUUCAACUUCCUGUGGAGAGCCAAGCGGAUGGAGUAUAUCCUGACUGACAUCUGGAAGAGCCAGAUGUGCAAUGCCAAGCUGCUGAAGAGCAUGCCGGAGCUGUCUGGAGUGCUGCAUCAGUGUCACAUCUUGGCCUCAGAGAUGGUCCAUUUCAUCCACCAGAUGCAGUACUACAUCACAUUCGAGGUGUUGGAAUGUUCGUGGGAUGAGCUGUGGAAUAAGGUGCAGCAGGCUCAGGAUCUGGAUCACAUCAUAGCAGCCCAUGAGGUGUUCCUCGAUACCAUCAUCUCUCGCUGCCUCCUGGACUCCAACAGCAGGUCUUUGUUGAACCAGCUGCGGGCUGUGUUUGACCAGAUAAUCGAGUUCCAGAACGCGCAGAACGCUCUGUACCGCUCAGCGCUGGAGGAACUGCAGCUCCGAGUGCAGUACGAGGACAACAAGAGACGCAGAGAGGAAGAGGGCGAGUGGGGUGUGACGGCGGAGCAGGAAGCGGCAGAGAACAGACGAGUGCAAGAGUUUAAGGACACCAUACCAAAAAUGUGCUCUCAGCUCAGACUGCUCACACACUUCUACCAGGGCAUCGUUCAGGAGUUCUUACGGCUGCUCAUGACCAGCUCGGAUGAGAGUCUGCAGUUCCUCAGCUUCCGGCUAGACUUCAACGAGCACUACAAGGCCCGGGACCCUCGCCUGCGCCCCUCGCUGGGGGCCACCAGGGGGCGCCGCAGCUCCAACAUUUAACCCAACCACCUUCUACACUUAGGGUUGAUGUGUUUUUAUAACGGAGGCUGAUGAUGGGAGGUGGUCAGUGUAUAGAGCUUACUACAGAUGUGAAUAAAAUAAAAAUUCAACCUUUAACUUAUGCGUCAUCACCGAUUGUAAUGAAAAUCUUCAAAUGAUUUUAGAAGCGUGGAACUUUUUAGCACAGGUUCACAGGUCUGUUAUCAAACCCCGUUACUGUUUAACAAGUUAUUUUCUACACAUCUGCAUAUUAAGGGCAGUUAAGACUUUUUUUUUUUUUUUGGAAUUACAGCAAAAAAAAAACCACUUUUACUAAACUCCUCAUGGUUUUGCUGGAGAAAAAUCUGCAGCCAUUUUAACACAGUGCUACAGAUAAAUCUAAUACUGUGCAAACAUAUCCUGUGUUGCACAUAUGAAAUCAGCUUUACUUCAGUCUUAAUGUCAAGUCUAUGAUCUAGGAUCAGCUUGUUGUGGGAUUUUUAAUCCCAUCAAUCCUGCAGUAAUUAUUUUUGAUUAUAUCCGAGCCGUGUGCGAAGCCGUUGUCAAAUCUGAUAUACGCACAGCUGUGACCGCAUCACAAGAACUGAAUUCCGUAUUAAUGCGUCAGGUUUUAAACCAAUAAAACUUAAAAUGUUGUUUUGGCAAUAAAUAUCCUAAUCUUUGCUUAGCAACCAAAGCUCGCUGUGACCAGACUACAGAAUUGUUUAUAGCAAAUAUUAAAUUAUAUAUUGAACAUUGGAUUUUAUCAUAUUGUUUUACAUUUUCGCCAUUUUAUAAAAGCAACACACAGCUCCAGAAUAUAAAAUAUACAAAAUAUAAAGAAAUUAAAGAAAUUUAAACCAGGAUGAAGCAAGUAAUGAACGACAAUGAAUGCAUGAAUGUGACAAAUAUGUCCUGUAGAGCAUUAAACAUUGAACAUGGUCUUUCUUUGUCCUGCAAGCUUCAUAUCUGACAGCAUAAUAGAAAGAAAAAGAAAAAAAAAAACAGGCACAAGCUGUUCCUAGAUCAGUCCAAAGCUGCUCGAGUAGUUAACUUCACCAUUUUUCUUUCCAUAUUUGUGAGUUUAUCAACAGACUGUGACUUAUGUAUUGCAGAUAUAUAUAUUCACUCCUGAUUCUGAAGUGUACAGAUUGGACCUUUUUAAAUGGCACCACAUUUUCACCUGAAAUGACUCAAUUCAAGCUACCCACAAUGCUUUGUGAACCUGUCGCCUUGUAAAAUAAAUCUAUGGAGAAUGAUGAAUUGUGACACCAUGGACACAACAGCGAACCUCCUGUUAAAAGUGUUCUGGUUUCAUCCAGCAGGCUUGCAUACCUCACUUCACACACGCUUCUUACGAUCUGAACACGGGCGAGUGGAGAUGCUUGACUCCCAAAUUGCACUCUUUUGCAGAUUUCAUAUGGAUCACUAUGGGCUAAUUCAGUCAUCCAAGUAACAGGCAACUAACAGUUGUCACUGUAUUACUCUGUCUAGUAUUUUUAGGUUUGUAAUUCAGUCUCGAGGAAAGAGGAAGUGGUUUACGUCUGGAUUUUGUCCCUGAACCUUCCUUCUCCUCAUCAGUGGAGUCUGUUAUAUACAUAUGUAUAGAUAUAUUAUACAAUGGGAGAAACAGACAUUGUCAUUCUUUUCUUUAAUAAAUAACAUUUCUAAAUAAA